AUGUCCGAUUUGCCGCCAUCAAAGGCCUUCCAAACAGCUCAUGCCACAAGGAGUCGAGACACGAACAAGAUGCCAAAACAGCCAUCAGACGCACCCUUCUCCUUUGUCAACUAUCAGGGUCCAAACCUCAACACCGAUGUGCAGGCUCGGCGACGCAUCCGACAGCAGGCCAUGAGAAACACCGCCAUGGCCCGGAGACAGAGGGGAGACUACGGCAAGCACAACAUGAGACAGUACCCCGUCUUCGUACAGCCUCGUGAUGGCCAUCCGCUUCAUAAUGAACUCAAAGAUGGCCGAGACCCCAAAGACAUGCAAGACUUUCAGUCAUCCUCUCUUUCUGCGCCCUUUGCCUUCCAGGACCCCCUAAUGCCGAAGCAAUUCUCCAUCCUUCUCAACCUCAUGCCGCUCACCGGACUUCGGCUCGGUGUCGGCACUCUUUCUCACUAUCUGUACGAACCAGCACAGCCCAAAGACCGGAUCAUCACGGCACAGGCUUCGAGUCAGCGGCUUUUAUCCUUUAUCCCGAGCCGCUAUGGGCACGUAUCACUGCUCCGCCAUGCAACGGACUGCGUCAUUGCAAAGCUGCACUAUGAAUCACAGCCCGUGGAGCAUAGAUCUCCGAAAAGCGAUGUAAAGGCAUUGAUGUACUAUCAGAAAGCACUCAAGGCGCUACAGCAGGCCUUGUUGGAUGAGAGGGAGUGGGCGAAGCCGGAGACACUAUGUGCCACGCAGCUGCUGGGCAUCUUUGAGGCACUCAAUGGGAAUGAAAGAGAAAACUCUUGGAUGCAUCACGUCGGCGGAGCUGCUCGGCUCGUAGAAGCUCGAGGUGUACACAUGUUCCAGUCCGAGUUCGAAAAGACCCUCUUCCUGGCACAUAUUGGACCAACAGUAAUGUCGGCCUUCUUAAACAACACGCCCUGCUUCCUUGAGCAGCCUCAGUGGCAAGCCGUCAUCCGAGAAGCCGUCAGCGAAGACACAACCCUGACAAACGACAAAGAAUUCGCCCUUGCGUUAUGGGGCGGCCUGAUCGGGAUGCCACGACUCUUCAAGAACACAACAGAACUGCUGCUCUCCCCUUGCCCGCCCUCACAACAAGAAGCUGACGACCUCACAGAACGCCUCCUGGCAAAGCGCAAGAAUCUCAUUGUAUGGUUAGACUGGAUCAGGAAGAGCCCCAUAGCGCAAGCCGGGGGGAUUCGUGAAGACAACUACGGCGUGCUCGUCUUUUCCGACGACUUUGACUACAGGAAGCUCGGCCCUUGGUGUCUGACCAGACUCGCUUUGCGGGGGACAUAUGCGGUCUGUCGAAUGAUUAAGUCACGGCUUCUGUACGCCAUCUCCCCUUCAAAGUUCCAUGAUUUGGAGACCGAAGCACAGGACAUUGCACACCGAAUUCUCAACCUGAAGGAGGAGGUGGCAGCGUCCAGAGACUCGCCGCUGGUAUGGAGCCAGUUCUUGGCGCAGGGCAGCUGGAUCGCAAAAGGAAUCGUGGAAACAAAGGAUACGUGGGCCGAAGACAAGGAGGGACAUCAAGGCAUGAUCAGCAAGUGCAAGUUUGAGGAGUGGAACGAAGCAAUAGGGAGGAAGAUAUCAUGA